AAAAUGGUACUAUCAAUGGAAAAGUGGAUGGGCAAAGUUGCCAUUGUCACAGGCGCUACCUCUGGAAUAGGUGCUGCCGUUGCUGACGCUCUAGUAGAAAAUGGGCUUAUCGUAGCAAGUCUAGAUCGCUCAGAAAGUCGAGUCGCGACAAUUAACCAACGCUCGAUGCAACUUGUGGGCAAAAAAGGGAAACUAUAUGGUGUCAAAGCUGAUCUUACUAAACAACAAGACAUAUUAGCUGCAUUUAAAUGGGUGCAAGAUAAUUUAGGUUUAGUGCAUGUUGUAGUCAACUGUGCUGGCUUUUUCAAAGAGGCUGCGUUAUGUGAAAGUAACACUGAAGACUGGAGAAGAACGAUCGACACGAAUGUCAUAGCUUUGUGUAUUAUGUCAAGAGAAGCUGUUAAGAAAAUGAUGCUUAAUAACAUUAACGGACACAUUGUCUACAUUAAUAGUAUUCUAGGGCACUUUUGCCCCAUUGAGUUUCGAAUGAACAUUUACUCGGCAACUAAAUGUGCGGUUACUGCCCUUACGGAAACUAUGCGGCAAGAGCUGAUUUCUUCAGAGAGUAAAAUUAAAGUAACUAGCGUUAGUCCUGGCCUCACCGUUAGUGAAAUGACUACCUUUAGUAAAGAUUUAACUGAAGAAACGAGAAGAUUUGUGAAAGAUCGUCCAAUUCUUAAAGCAGAAGAUGUAGCAGAUGCUGUGGUUUAUGCCUUGUCUACUCCAGAACAUGUUAAGGUCCACGAACUAACAAUAAAACCAGUUGGAGAGCCGCACUAAAAAGGUUAAUCAACAUUACAUUUAG